AUGUCGGCGCCUCAAUCCAAUGAAAAUCCGCAGCCCAACAUACGACUUGAGAGCGUGGGAGGUUGCAGCUCGGUGCUAGACAAUGCACGCAGUAGCACGUCCAAGGGCUCCAUUCCGAGCCCAGCAGAGACGGAGGAGGGUCCCGGUCGAAAUAAGGCUAUCGGUCGGCGAGUAAGAAGGAUACGAGUCGGGCUGAAGGCCGUCUUCAAGAGUAGUAUAAAACGCAGGGUUACGAAUAAGGAGGCCAGGAAUGCUGGCGCUCGGUCGGCUACUGUCCGAGAGCAAUCGCGAAAAAACAAGAAGCGGACUCUGGUCCAACAAGUCCACCGCUUGAAGGCCCGCCUCCUCUUCAAGAGCAACAGCUACUUUAGCGGCAUAUACUCCCUCCCGGUCGAACUCGUCUUUCUCAUCAUGAACUACCUCGGCUUCGUCGACCUCUUCUGCCUUGCGAUUGCUAGCCGACGCUUCUACCCGAUCGUUACGAGCGUACUCAGCCAGCUCCACCCUACGCAGCAGGAACAAGACCAUCUCGCCCUCCGGCUCGAGACAGACUGGCAGUAUGCGCAUAUCCGGACACUGUGGUGCUCGAAUUGCAAGAUCGACCAUGGAAAGUUUUACUUCAGGCGCGGACAGAUGCUGCUCACUGAUUCCGAGCGUGUAUGCUUCGGAGUUGAGGGAGUAUUCAGGCUGUGCCAACACAAGACCUUUACCUUCGAUGAGCUCUUGAACACCAUCGCAGGUCAGCCGGGCAUAGAAAAGAUGCGCUGUUGGCCAUGUCGCGCAAUAGUGCGGCAGUACUCUAGUCCGGAUCAAGUGCGGGCAUCGUUCAGGGGGAAGCUGUUCCCUGUGAAGCUCGAAGAGGCGGUGACCUGCGACCGUGUGCGGCGAGCUCUCCAGCCACUCGCAAGGCUUGACAAGAUGAUGUGCCCGCACUUGAGCAUCCCAGGCCUUGAGCUCUUUGAGCGGCUCGUCGCGAAUGCAAUAAGUGAGCCGGCGAAUGGAGGGCGGGCCGACGACCAUGUGUUCUACCCGGCGUUCUGCAAGCCCGCUGUGGCCGCGCGGUGCCGUUACACCGGCUGCGACACCUCGGUGUGGCUCUUGAGAGAUAAGAGAGCGGUGAAGAUGGGUAUCCGAAGGAAUUUGGGAGCCAUGAAGACAGUGACCGAUGAGAGGUGGAUGGCACAGCUGGUUUCACCUCAGCAUCGGCUUAUAGACGGUGUAGAGGUAGACAGAGGGGCAGAGGGAGAGCAAAAGGAAGCAGUGCCGGACCCACCCGGGGGUAUCCUGCGAGGUCGUGCACAAGAGCGGCGUUUCCGGUGGAUGCUUUGGGCGCAAGACAUGCGAAAGCGGGAGCAGACGGUGGAAGGUUGCAGCGGGCACUCCAUCUUUUCUUGA